AUGGCCCUGUCGUUUUGCGGCAACGACGUCGGUAUCAAUGCUUACAGCGUGACAGAGGGCGUGCUGAACAAUGGCUGCUUCGUGGACGCUCUCAACCUGGUGCCCCAUGUCUUCCUGCUCUUCAUCACCUUCCCCAUCCUGUUCAUCGGUUGGGGCAGCCAGAGCUCCAAGGUCCAGAUCCAUCAUAACACAUGGCUUCAUUUCCCCGGCCACAACCUGAGGUGGAUCCUCACCUUCUCGCUGCUGUUUGUCCACGUCUGUGAGUUCGCAGAGGGCAUCGUCUCCAACAAGAUGAUGGAGACCAACCACCUCCACCUCUUCAUGCCGGCCUUCAUGGGCUUCAUAGCAGCCACAACAUCAGUGGUUUACUACCACAACGUAGAGACGUCCAGCUUCCCCAAACUACUGCUUGUCCUGUUCAUCUACUGGGUGUUGGCUUUCAUUACAAAGUCCAUUAAGCUGUGGAAGUUUGUGGAGUACCGCGUUGGACCGCAGCACCUGAGGUUCUGCAUCACAGCCCUGUUAGUGAUCCUGUAUGGGCUGCUGAUGGCCGUGGAGAUCAACGUCAUAAGAGUCAGGAAAUAUGUGUUCUUUGCCAACCCCCAAAAGGUGAAACCACCAGAGGAUUUACAGGAUUUGGGGGUUCGCUUUCUGCAGCCGUUUGUCAACCUGCUGUCCAAGGCAACGUAUUGGUGGAUGAAUCCUCUCAUCAUGGGAGCACAUAAGAGGACCAUAGAGCUAAAGAAGAUCGGCAAGCUGCCCAUCGCCAUGAGAGCGCUCACCAACUACCUACGGCUCAAAGACGCCUAUGAGGACCAGAGGACAGCCGAGGACCCCGAUCGUGCCCCAUCAAUCUGGCGCUCCAUGUAUCGAGCGUUUGGUCGUCCCAUCCUGCUCAGCAGCACCUUCCGCUACCUGGCUGACCUGCUGGGCUUCGCUGGGCCGCUCUGCAUCUCUGGCAUCGUAAAGUACCUGAAGACUGAUGAUGGCGUUGUAACGCAAGACAAGACCAAGGUGGGUGAGACAUAUUUCGGUGUGUACUUCAUGUCUUCCACCGAGCUGCUGCAGAACACCUCAGUCCUGGCUGUGCUUCUCUUCCUGGCUUUAGUCCUCCAGAGGACCUUCCUGCAGGCCUCUUACUACGUCACCAUAGAAACAGGCAUCAACCUGCGGGGCGCCCUGCUGGCAAUGAUUUACAACAAAAUCCUGCGACUGUCCACUUCCAACAUGUCUAUGGGAGAGAUGACGCUGGGGCAGAUCAACAACCUGGUGGCUAUAGAGACCAACCAGCUGAUGUGGUUCCUCUUCCUCUGCCCCAACCUGUGGGCCAUGCCUGUACAGAUUGUGAUGGGAGUGAUCCUGCUCUACUAUUUGUUGGGCUGGAGUGCCUUGGUCGGAGCGUCUGUCAUAGUUCUGCUGGCUCCGGUCCAGUACCUCAUAGCUACAAAGCUGGCAGACACACAAAAAAGCUCACUAGAGCACUCUACAGAUCGUCUGAAGAAGACCACAGAGAUCUUGAAGGGCAUAAAGCUGCUGAAGCUGUAUGCCUGGGAGAAUAUCUUCUGUGACAGCGUGGAGGAGACCAGAGGCAAAGAGCUCACCAGCCUCAAGACCUUCGCUUUCUACACAUCUAUGUCCAUUUUCAUGAAUGCUGCGAUUCCCAUUGCUGCCGUUCUUGCGACGUUUGUGAUGCAUCACUUCCUCAAUAAAACCGGUCCCAGUUCUUCUGAGGCCUUCGCCGCUCUGGCGCUGUUCCACAUCCUGGUCACCCCUCUCUUCCUGCUCUCCACUGUUGUCAGAUUUGCUGUCAAGGCUCUGGUCAGUGUCCAGAAGCUUGGUGAGUUUCUUCAGAGCGACGAAAUUGGAGAUGACAGCUGGAGAAACGGAGACAUGUCUGUUGCCUUCGAAGCUGGGAAGAAACACCUGGGGGUGCAACCCAAAGCCAUCAACAGGAAGCAGCCAAUACGCUACCAGAUGGACAACUACGAGCAGCCGACCAGGCGGCAGAUGAGACCCACAGAGACAGAGGAUGUGGCUGUAAAGGUGGCCAAUGGAUUCUUCACCUGGGGAAACAACCUUUCCACCCUAUCAGACAUCAACAUCCGCAUCCCCACAGGUCAGCUGACGAUGAUUGUGGGCCAGGUGGGUUGUGGGAAAUCGUCCCUGCUGCUAGCCAUGCUGGGCGAGAUGCAGACCAUCGAAGGAAGAGUCUACUGGAGCAAUUGGUCAGAGACAGAGGAGUCUGAUGAAGACGUCAGGAGCAAGAACAGAUACUCUGUGGCCUACGCUACCCAGAAGUCCUGGCUGCUCAACGCUACAGUGGAGGAAAACAUCACCUUUGGCAGCUCUUUCAAUAAACAGAGGUACAAGGCAGUGAUUGACGCCUGCUCUCUGCAGCCAGACAUUGACCUGCUGCCGUUUGGAGACCAAACUGAGAUUGGAGAGAGGGGCAUCAACCUGAGUGGAGGUCAGAGACAGAGAAUCUGUGUGGCCAGAGCGCUCUACCAGAACACCAACAUCGUCUUCUUGGACGAUCCCUUCUCAGCGCUGGACAUCCACCUCAGUGACCACCUGAUGCAGGAGGGAAUCCUCAAGUUUCUGCAGGAUGAUAAACGGACUGUAGUCCUGGUCACCCAUAAACUGCAGUACCUCAUACAUGCAGACUGGAUCAUUGCAAUGAAGGACGGCUCUGUGCUGAGAGAGGGAACCCUGAAGGACAUUCAGAUUCAUGAUGUCGAGCUUUACGAUCACUGGAAGACCCUGAUGAACCGACAAGACCAGGAGCUGGAGAAGGACAUACAGCAGGACAGUCAAACAACCCUGGAGAGGAAAACACUGAGGAGAACGUUCUACUCCAGAGAGGCCAAGAACCAAAUUGACGAUGAGGACGAAGAGGAAGAAGAGGAGGAAGAAGAUGAUGACAACAUGUCCACAACCACUAACAGAGGAUCAAAGAUCCCAUGGAGGGUGUGCUGGUGUUACCUGUCUUCUGGUGGGUUCUUCAUGGUCUUCCUGAUGGUGUCCUCUAAGCUUCUCAAACACUCUGUCAUUGUUGCCAUUGACUACUGGUUGGCUAUCUGGACUUCCUCCAAAACCAAUCAGAGCGACUCGUACUACCUGCCCGUGUUCAUCAUCCUGUGUGCGGCUGGGAUCACGUUAUGCCUCAUCACCUCUCUCACUGUGGAGUUUCUGGGUCUUUCCGCAGCCACCAACCUGCACCACAACCUGCUCAACAAGAUCAUCCACGCUCCCAUCAGAUUCUUUGACAUCACCCCCCUGGGGCAGAUCCUCAACAGAUUCUCAGCUGAUACCAACAUCAUAGACCAGCAUAUUCCUCCGACGCUGGAGUCUCUGACGAGAUCCACGUUGCUCUGUUUGUCCGCCAUCGGCGUCAUUUCCUCCAUCACUCCAGCUUUCCUCAUCGCCUUGUUCCCCCUGGCGGUGGCGUUCUACUUCAUCCAGAAGUACUUCCGGGUGGCCUCCAAGGACCUCCAGGACCUUGAUGACUCCACACAGCUUCCUCUGCUCUGUCACUUCUCUGAGACCGCGGAGGGCCUCACCACUAUUAGAGCAUUCAGACACGAGGCUCGUUUUAAACAGCGUAUGUUGGAGCUGACAGACACCAAUAACACCGCCUACCUGUUCCUGUCUGCAGCCAACCGCUGGCUGGAGGUCCGAACGGACUACCUCGGAGCAGUGAUAGUGCUGGCAGCAGCAGGAGCCUCCAUAUGGAGCUCACACAAUGGUCUGCAUUCAGGAGGCCUGGUGGGCCUCGGCCUCACGUACGCCCUCACUGUCACCAACUACCUGAACUGGGUUGUGAGGAACCUGGCAGACCUGGAGGUCCAGAUGGCAGCUGUGAAGAAGGUCAACAGCUUCCUCGGCACUGAGUCGGAGAACUACGAGGGAUCUAUAGACACCUCUCAGGUGCCUGAGAACUGGCCCCAGGACGGCGAGAUCAAGAUCCAGGACCUGUGUGUGCGCUACGAUCCCAUGCUCAAGCCAGUGCUCAAACACGUCAACGCGUACAUCGAGCCAGGCCAGAAGGUGGGAAUCUGCGGCCGCACGGGCAGCGGCAAGUCUUCCCUGUCGUUGGCCUUUUUCAACAUGGUGGAUAUUUUCGAAGGCAAGAUCAUCAUUGACGGGAUCGACAUCUGUAAGCUCCCUCUGCAGACGCUAAGGUCACGUCUCUCCAUCAUCCUCCAGGAUCCUGUGUUAUUCAGUGGAUCGAUAAGGUUUAAUCUGGAUCCAGAGAGGACGUGCACUGAUGAUCGACUCUGGGAGGCGCUAGAGAUCGCUCAGUUGAAGAACAUGGUGAAAGCGCUGCCUGGAGGACUCGAUGCCGUUGUGACUGAAGGUGGAGAGAACUUCAGCGUCGGUCAGAGGCAGCUCUUCUGUUUGGCCCGAGCUUUCGUCAGAAAGAGCAGCAUCCUCAUCAUGGACGAAGCCACGGCGUCUAUAGACAUGGCCACGGAGAACAUCUUACAGAAAGUUGUGAUGACUGCGUUUGCAGACAGGACAGUCGUCACAAUCGCACACCGCGUCCACACCAUCCUCACUGCUGAUCUGGUCAUCGUGAUGAAGCGAGGGAACAUUUUGGAGUACGACAAACCCGAGACUCUUUUGGAGCAGGAAGACGGGAUGUUCGCUUCAUUCGUCAAGGCCGACAUGUAGACCCGCAGCCAGUCAGCGCGCCGACAAGACACUGAUCAGUCUGUUCAUGUUCUUCUUUUUUCACAUCCGUUGUUUUCUUAAUGAGGCCGACAGACCUCUGUGACGCUCCGGUGAAGCCGAUAAUAGACUGUUUCUUUAACGAGAAGCUUCUCAGUGUAUUCACUGUUAGAGAAAGGUUGUACUUGAAUAAUUCGUUCAGUACUGGCUUUUAUUAGAAAUGACAUGUAGAAGCACUGUAUAUAUAUAAUUUUAAAUGAUAAAACAAGUCAUCAAUCAGUUUAUCCAGUUUGCGCUAUUGGAAAUUGGCAGAUACAAACAUCCAGAGUGUUUUUAACACAUUAAGAAGUGAGAUAUUUGUGGAUUAUUGACCUUUAAGUAGCCAGAGUACAAAGUCAGAGUAGAUUAAGCAUCAUUAAGCAUAUCAUCUGAAUAUCAAUCACAGGUCUGUGAUUGGUUAAAUGAGCUCUGACACUCACCGUGUCUGUAGACUCGAUCAAUUAAACUACAGAGAUGUUUAUUGCAUAGUUGUAGAUUGAGCCGAACAUCAUUUUAAAUUGAUUGAACUCCAAAAGUCUUUAAUUAUCUAAAUAUUUUGUACAUUUAUUUAAACUUUAUGCACAACAUGUAUCGGUUUUGUUACUCUUUAGCACCUGUAUUAUGCAAUAAGAAGUGAGGGAGAAACGUGCAUUUAAAAUCCUUUUUAAAAAGGCUGAAUGUUGGCGUUGGCCAGUGUUUCCGUGCUCUGCACACAUCGAUGCAUCCUGCAGAGUCUCACUGUAGAACAUUUUUUAGACCCUGGCGUAGGAUGUGCUCCAUG